GACUGAUGCAGUUGCUUGCUGUUGUUGGCAAUAGUCGGGCGCGGCGGGUGCUUGACUGGCAAGCUGCAGUGCCUAAGGUAUUAGAGACGUUGCUGUUUUCUGUCAAGGAAAUUCAGGUGCUGCUCUUUGCCGUCAUCAUCGGCGCAGCGUGUUGUUGCUGGUAUUCCUGCCACUGGUUUGGGUUGCUGUCACUGGUGGUUUCCCUUUGAUUGCCAAAAGGCAGUGAAGCUUACGCAAUUUCCAAAGUCGCGACUACCUCUUUCUCCAUACUGCCCACUCCACAUUUUAAUCAACUCUAACACUCUGUUGAUGGGUUUCCAUGCGGUUUCUGUUGACCCGAAGUCACUGCCGUCCACUGCUGUUUGCAGCGACACCCGCAAUGUUGAGGAACAGCGGGCCACUGCCAAAAUUACAGUGGUUGACGUCACACCACACCGCCUACAAUAGCAGAUCCACCAGGCAUCGCCGUCACUCACGCUCUUUUACAAACUGGCUAUUUUCACCUCAUUCUCACCAAAUCACAUCAACAACAAAACGAGCAUACAAGAUGCCUACCCUCUCAGAUGUCGUCAAACGCGACCAUGCGCGCAUCACCGACGCAUAUCACGUCCUCGUAGAAACCAAACCCGAGGAGCGCAACGCCGAUGAGUUUGUUUGGGCCCUAGCCCGCUACCUUAUCGUCGAGAACCUCGCUCUUAUCCCAGCCUUGGAGUACCAUAUCUCCGGGGGAUCAGAACGACAGCGGCGGUUGUCUGAUGACUACAACAGUAUCAACGCGAAACUCCGCCACAUGGCCAAAUACGACCCAUCAGAGGAGAGCUUCGAGUCGGCACUCAAGGCCAUCUGGCUUGAUCUGGAGCCUCACAUCCGGGAAGAGACCGAUGGGGACCUUGACGAACUCGAACGCAAGAUGGAGCCUGAGGAUUCACGAAAGCUGGGGCAAAAGUACGAGACACUCAGAGACAUGUUGCAGCGUCCAUAUGGCGCGUUUGGGGUUCCAAAUGCUGAAAUCAUGGAUGACGUGCUUGGCACCACAAAAGAGCAGCUGAUGGAGAGAAUGGGCAACGGAAUCUGAUGGACAGGCCAACACCAAGAUAGGUAUACUAUUUACCUGGUCAGACAGAGACCUAAUCAUAAUCAUAACAAAAGACUCUCUGCAGACCAUCAUGGAAGCGAUAGAAUCCACCAAUGUGAUGAAUUUAAGGGGCUAAAAAGGGGCGA